UAAGUGCUGAUUGUCCUUAUCCAAUCAUGCCUGGAAUUUAGCUUGUCACUUGGGCUAUUUCUGCUAUCUGUCGCUGUCAGUGCUGCAGUGCUAACAGUUUGGCAGAUGGGACACUUUUUCUUGGAGUUUACAUUUGGGAAAUAUAACUUCUUUUCCUGCCUGCAUUAUUCUCUGUUCCAGCUCUUCUUAUUUGCUUUCUGUUUGCUUAGUCAUGACCCACCGGUUGCGUGUUUACUUUGGCUCAGGUCGAAGUAACACUGCCCCAGAGUCGGAUGCUUUAACCCCAGAGAGGGAAGACAAUUUUAACAUGACAUUCCAUACUUUGCCAAGAAGGAGUAGCCCUCAUCUUUUUCCUCACAUAGGCAGUGAUUAUGGUGACAAUUUUCAAGAAGGCUCCUUAAGGAGGAGUUCAUCUAUGUUUAUACCUCAGCUGCUAAAUAACAGUGAUGUUCGUCCAACAAGGAGCUCCUCUGUGCAAAUCUCUCUUCAGCGCAGCACUCUGAAUGGACACGCAGAAGAGGGGCAUACAUCUGUAUUCCCUGAGGAGGCAUUUCCAGAUAACCUGUCAGACUUUGGAGAAUACUAUGGCUCAACAAACAGUCUUCCCUCCUUACAGGACAACCUUCCACCGUAUGUACUUAACAAUUUAGAAUAUUCGGGUAUUGUGUGCUCAUCUGGCCGUAGAACACCUAGUCUGCUUGCUUCAUGUUAUGAAGAUGAUACAAAUGAAGCUAUUGCAUCUUCUGACCAAAAUGACCAUGGCAGAACUACAGGUAUGAGUACUGGAGAUGUGAGGAUUCAUCGGCAUUCAAGUGCAGAUUUGCGCCAGAUUCGACGUUUGCCUCUUAGAUCUGAGGUCCAGCAGAAUGCUGUUUCCCAGAUGCCCAGGCGCUGGUCAUUGCAGCAUGUGCCUGAUACACUGGGGAAUUCUGGGAAGAGGUGCUUUGUUUUACAGUUACAGCAAGCUGAAGCUGGUGUUCCUGAGUGGGAAGGUGAAUACAGUUUAGGCUGUACAGGAGUGAAAGGGGACAAAAUUGCCCGCUUUCCUCGUAUUAGAUUAGAAAGGAGCUCAUCCUAUCCAGUGCAGCCAAGAUCUGAACAGUGCAUUUCAAAAGAAAAUAGAGUAAAUACAGAACCCUGCCAUUUUAACAGAAGUGAGUCAGAAGUGCUUCAUAGUACUCUAGUUGAAAGGGCCUCUUCAUCACAAGGCUGCACAUUCAAAAUCAGGCCAGAUAACUCAAAAGGGCAGCCUCAUUUUAGAAUACGUUUAACUCGAGGUUCUGAAGAUCAGAACCAAGGAACUGCACAGGAUGUUUCUGGCAGUCCAAGUCAAACAUGGAUAAAUUCCACAACAAGAGAUGACUUCUUGGGCCAGGUUGAUGUUCCAUUGAAUCAUUUGCCGACUGAAGACCCAAACAUGGAGCGGCCAUACACAUUUAAAGAUUUCCUUUUGCGGCCAAGGAGUCAUAAGUCCAGAGUGAAAGGUUUCUUGCGUCUUAAAAUGGCUUACUUGCCAAAAAAUGGAGACCAGGAAGAAGAAAGCACUGAACAGAGAGAGGACUCCGAGGUAUGGGAAGUAGAAUCUACAGACUCUGGUUCUCAACGAGAGCAACAGUUACCUCCCUUGCCACCAGGAUGGGAAGAGAAAGUUGAUAACCUGGGACGCACAUAUUAUGUCAACCACAAUAACCGAACAACGCAGUGGUAUCGACCUACUGUAGUUGACGGGACUCAGGAAACUGAUAACCGUAUCAGAGAAAUAAAUCAAGAAGAGGCCCACAGAGUAUUUCGUUCCCGCAGACAUAUCAGUGAAGAUUUAGAACCCGAAUCUACAGAAAGAGAUGCUGUGGACACUCCUUGGGAAACAAUUGCUGAGGAGAUGACUCCAAUCAUUGAUCGUCUAGAACAGUCAGUGACAGCGCCUACCUCUCCAUCUAGCAGCACUGUCACUAGCCCUGUGGAUUUAACAGAGGAGCUGAACAGACGACUUCAAGUCUCUCCUGAUUCCAAUGGGGAACAGCUUACUCCUUCAUAUCAAAGUCAUAUGUCAUCAAGGUUACGGUCUUCCAGUGUCACAGACGGAGUUUCUGAGCAAGCCCAGGGAUUAAUGCAGAGUGAACCGCCUCAGAGAGUUCGAUCUUCAACUGUUACUUGUGGUGAACAACCAGUGCAGAGAGAACCAGCUAGAAGAGCUCGUUCUUCAACUGUCACUUGCGGUGAACAGCCAAUGCCCCCAGUGGCCGGUUUGCUUACUACACCAGGCCUGCCACCAGGAUGGGAGGAAAGGAAAGACGCGAAAGGACGUACAUAUUAUGUCAAUCAUAACAAUCGAACCACAACGUGGACUCGUCCUAUUAUACAGCAUACAGAGGAUGCUGCCGCCAGUUCAUCAGCGAACAGUAACCACCUUAGCGAGCCUCAGAUAAGGCGGCCUCGUAGUCUCAGUUCUCCCACAGUAACCUUGUCAGUGCCUCUAGAGGGUACAAAAGAAUCACCUGCACGUAGGGCUGUAAAAGAUACACUGUCCAACCCUCAGACUCCACAACCUUCACCGUACAGCUCUCCAAAACCACAGCACAAAGUGACUCAUAGUUUUCUACCACCUGGCUGGGAAAUGCGGAUAGCACCAAAUGGCAGGCCUUUCUUCAUUGACCACAACUCGAGAACUACUACAUGGGAAGAUCCACGGCUGAAAUAUCCAGUUCAUUUAAGAACAAAAGCUUCUUUGGACCCCAGCGAUUUGGGCCCUCUUCCUCCUGGUUGGGAAGAAAGGGCCCAUGCAGAUGGUAGAACAUUCUUUAUAGAUCACAAUACAAAAACUACGCAGUGGGAGGAUCCAAGGUUACAGAAUCCAGCUAUUACUGGUCCCGCAGUCCCAUACUCCAGGGAAUUCAAGCAUAAAUACGAUUACUUCAGGAAAAAGUUGAAAAAGCCUGCUGACAUACCAAACAGAUUUGAGAUGAAGCUGCAUAGAAACAACAUUUUUGAAGAAUCAUAUAGGAGGAUAAUGCCCCUAAAGCGGCCCGAUGUUCUCAAAGCUCGAUUGUGGAUUGAGUUUGAGUCUGAAAAGGGACUUGACUAUGGGGGUGUUGCAAGAGAGUGGUUCUUUCUUCUGUCAAAGGAGAUGUUCAAUCCUUAUUAUGGUCUCUUCGAGUAUUCAGCAACCGAUAACUACACACUUCAGAUCAAUCCUAACUCCGGGUUGUGUAAUGAAGACCAUCUCACCUAUUUCAAAUUUAUUGGACGAGUUGCUGGAAUGGCAGUAUUUCAUGGGAAGUUGCUUGAUGGCUUCUUCAUUCGACCAUUUUACAAGAUGAUGCUUGGAAAAACUAUCACACUGAAUGAUAUGGAGUCUGUGGAUAGUGAGUAUUAUAAUUCCCUGAACUGGAUAUUGGAAAAUGACCCGACUGAGUUGGAUCUCAGGUUCUGCAUAGAUGAGGAAAACUUUGGCCAGACAUACCAAGUAGAUUUGAAGCCAAAUGGAUCUGAAAUGGUUGUAACGAAUGAGAACAAAAAAGAAUAUAUUGACCUUGUCAUCCAGUGGAGAUUUGUGAAUCGGGUUCAAAAGCAGAUGAAUGCCUUCUUAGAGGGUUUCACAGAACUCAUUCCUAUUGAUCUAAUAAAGAUCUUUGAUGAAAAUGAACUUGAGUUGCUGAUGUGUGGUCUUGGAGAUGUGGAUGUCAAUGACUGGAGACAACAUACAAUCUACAAGAAUGGUUAUUGUCCAAACCAUCCUGUCAUCCAGUGGUUCUGGAAGGCUGUGUUGCUGAUGGAUGCUGAGAAACGAAUCCGAUUGUUGCAGUUUGUCACAGGAACAUCUCGGGUGCCUAUGAAUGGAUUUGCUGAGUUGUAUGGGUCAAAUGGUCCACAGCUGUUUACAAUUGAGCAGUGGGGAACUCCAGAUAAGCUGCCCAGGGCUCACACAUGCUUUAACCGCCUUGAUUUACCUCCUUAUGACUCAUUUGAAGACUUAAGAGAGAAACUUCUCAUGGCUGUAGAAAAUGCUCAAGGAUUUGAAGGAGUUGAUUAACAUCAGUAGAUCUUUCCUCCCAUUUGCGCUGCUUAUUGAUUCAUAUCUAUUUUAAAUUGUUUAGUGGAAAUUAAAAAGUGAAUUCAGGACAGAGCUCUUGGUUCAAGGAACACAUCUUUGCAGCAAUGGAAUUGCCUAACUUGGAUGACUGAACUGUAGUCUUGGAUUAAUAUAUAUAUAUAUAUAUAUAUAUAUAUAUAUAUAUAUAUAUAUAUAUAUAUAUAUAUAUAUAUAUAUAUUUUUACUUUAAUGACAAAUUAUCAACAAGUCGAUAUGUGUACUCGGCUAUGUUUCAUCAGCACCUGUUUUAUUUAUAAUGUGCAGUUAAUUGCACAGUCCUUAAAAUAUUUUACCAACGUUAUAAUAACAUUAAAUAGAAGAGAUCACUUUUACACAAAUAGUGUUACUUAUGUUUACUUUUUAGAUGAUUUAAAUUUUUCCAGAUUGUAUUUCAGUUUAAAAUGUAAGUUACUUAAAUACACAUUUUUAUAUCUCAUGUUUGAUGCCAGUGGCAUUUUUCAAGACAUUUUUUCAAGACAUUGAUGCCUUUUGCUGUAUCUUUUACUCUGAAAGUGCUGGAUUAGUCACAGUUUCUAAUUUUAUGUUUAGUUUUUUUUUUGUUUGUGUUUUUUGUUUUGUUUUGUUUUUUUGGAAGGAUGAUCACAAACCGUUUGAGUUUAUAAGACGUUUUGCACAUUCAAGAAAAACUGGUGGCAAAUAUGGAUUGUGUCUUUUUUCUAUGAAUGAAAUUGACCAUAGUUUAGCAAAGAGAACAUUACAGCAGCAUGAGUAUGACAUGUAAAAAUUUGCAAUGUUGAAUUGCGUCACUUGAAUGUUGUAUUACACAUGUACUAUGAAUAUAUUUCUUGCAGGGCUGGGAAACGUUCUUGUAUAAAUCUUCUAAAGAGACCUUUUAAUUACCUAUGUAAAAUAGUUUCUUACAAAACGAGUCUUUACUCUUAUGUAUUUGUACUGGAGACAUGUUGAAUGAAUGCUUGAUUGAUUGAUUCAAAACUGUGAAAUGAGAGGCAUUAUGUCUCCUAAUUGUAUGCUUAUGCUACUAGUAGUUAACAAAUGUUUAAAUCUGAUAUCACCAAAUUUAAGGGCACUUUAUGUAACACACUGAUGUCGUCUGUUAUUUUUUUAUCAUAAACUUGAAUACAACAAUAUUCCUUCCAGCUGCAUAUUUGUGUAACUAGCAAAUUAUCUACUGUCUGUAAAUUUGGAUGCCAUUGUAUAAAUACAAAUAUGAAACUAA